ACUGAACCUCUGGGUCGCUACGCCCUCACAGCGCCAUCUAGCGUUGGACUGAACCUUCGGGUUGCUGCGCCCUCCCUCCUCCCACGUAGUCAUUCUGGGAGCCGAGGGAUCAUAAAUACACGGCUGCAAGUUAUCCAAGUUUUUUCCCCCGGAUCCCAGUGUUUGUGGUCCCGGAUGCUAAAUGACUAUGUUGGACCAUUAAAUCACUGGAUUAUAAGAUUGAACUAUAAUUGACCAUUGGCUUUAACCCUGGGACCGUUUAUAUUCCGUGGAUGGACGAAAUAUUGAGCCUUUGGAGUUAGUGGAUGUUUACCCAGUCCGAAAGUGAUCGACAUUUACCGGUUGAAGUUUUCAAGAAGCAAGAAAUUAUUAAAAAUAUUAAAACAUUCUUCUAGGCCAAUUCUGGUCGCAUCGAGAGGCAACUUCGCUUCCGCAACACUCGGACGAUCGGCGAAUUAAAGAAAAGCCCUGCUCGGAUGAAAAAGACAUCUUCAUAAGAGACAAUCAUUUAUUUCUACCGAUUCAAUUUGAACUUAAAUUAUUUCUAUAACCAUGGCAAAAAAGUAUGAUUUCCUUUUCAAACUACUGCUGAUUGGUGACAGUGGAGUGGGAAAAACGUGUCUGAUCAUUCGUUUUGCCGAGGACAACUUCAACUCUACCUACAUCUCCACCAUCGGAAUUGACUUCAAGGUGAAAACCAUUGAGGUUGACGGAAAGAAAGUGAAACUACAAGUCUGGGAUACGGCAGGCCAGGAGCGCUUUAAGACCAUCACGACAGCUUACUACAGGGGAGCCAUGGGUAUUAUCCUGGUGUAUGACAUCACUGAUGACAAGUCCUUUGAAAACAUCCAGAACUGGAUGAAAAGCAUCAGAGAGAAUGCUUCAGCUGGAGUCAGUCAGAUGUUGCUGGGGAAUAAGUGUGACAUCGAGGCCAAGAGGAAAGUUACCAAGGAGACGGGCGAGAAGCUGGCAAAGGAUCAUGGGAUCAGGUUCUUCGAGACGAGUGCAAAGUCAAGCAUCAACGUUGACGAGUCCUUUAUGGCUUUGGCACUGGACAUCCUACACAAAUCCAGUAGGAAACCAGGGCAGAACGACCGGGUCAGAAUCACCAGCACACAAAAGAAGUCCUCCAAAUGUAAUCUCUUCUAGAUCCUCUCUUGUGUAACAAACACGUCACUACUAUCAUGUUUACAAGUAACAAAGCAGUAAACUACAACCACAGGGACAGAAGAAAACGAAAUGAGCACCUACUAUUAAUGUCACUUACUGUAAUUCAUAUUAUAGCAAGUAACAUGACCGGAGACAAUCAGAAAGACCCAUAAUCAGUGUUUCCUAAUGCUGUACCGGAGGUCUGCUGUUAAUGUUUGAGUACACUUAUGCCGCAUUCAGCGCAAAGCAAUAACCCUUGUCUACCCCUGGUUUGACCCCAAUGGAUCAACCAUCUCAUGGUGGCAGAAAGUCUAGGAAUGACCCCAGCCUUAAGGUUCUGGGUUUAUCGUACCCCAAUAGUCCACCUGUAUGCAUCCCUGAGCAAGAUGCUAAGAAACACACCGUCUACGCUAAGGUCGACCUUCAUAUCUCGACUCUCCAACGUAGAUUCAACAUUGAUCCCCCACUUAUCAUGACCCCCAGAAGCCAGAGUGAUGCUCAGAUAGGCUAAGUCGGAACUGUAGUUACCGGAUGAUGGCAAUAUUAUAACCUUUUUAUUAUUUUUAUCUCAACCAUACUAUGGUUGGAUUAGGCCAAAAUGCUGAAUGAAUUUCCAUUCUGUCGAUUUUUCGGAAGCAGAUUUUUUAUUGUGAAAAUAAUAUGAAUGACCCACAGGAGAUCGGUAUGCUGUCUCCAUCUGGUGGCCAUAAUUAAUUCACGUUGAACUGUAAGACAACAACCAAAUGAGAAAAAUACUUUUCAAUUUUAUAUCUUUGGGUGGUUUACAGCAAAAUAUUCUUUGGACUAGAUCUCGGCUGAUUAUUUUAAAGUGUCAGUAUAAUUCAUGGCUAGUGAUACAGGAGUAGAGGAGUAGUUUAAACAGCAGCAAAGCAAUUAUUUCUCACAUUAGAAAUUGACCUGGCACUUCAGGACCAGUUUAUCAUAGAGCAGCCAAAUCCUGAGUUAAGUGUCGGCUGUUAAGAUAACAUGAAUUCCUUUAAAAUCUAUCUAGGAAAUUAUAUGGAAGUCCCAAGGACGUAUAGGAAAAAUAACACCUCCACCUACAGUAUUCCAUUAAGCUGAUUUGAGAGACUAGCAACUACUUUCAUGUAAAAUUGUAGGAUUUUGAAAAAAAAAAAAAUACAUAAAAAAAUUCAGAUAUUUUUGGAGGCUCAAUCAAUCAAUUUCAAGCCUUAACCUCUCUGACAAUCUUUUGUUACAGGAAGUGCGUUCUUAUUGACAUUUAAUAAUAUUGAAUUCUGGAAGGAAAUCGUAAAUAAUUCAUAGAGCUUUUGAAGGUGUUAACUGAAUGCUAGGAUUUUUUUUUCACAUGUUGCAUUAUUUUCCUUUAGAGUCUUACACUUUUACAUUGAAUGGAAUACUAUUCCAGCGGACAUCGUACACCUCAAAUGUGUUUUACAUUUGUAGUGUAUUUUGCCCAUAUCUUCUUGGAGCCUUAAAAUAGGUGAAUAUUGGACAGACUAUAAUAGUGAAUGGUUUGGUAGUAAUGAGGGUGGGAAUGAGAUAGAAUAGAGGAGCAGAGACAAGUGCAAUAAGAGCAGAUGAGACAUCAGAGAAGAGAAUAUAUAGGCCUAUGGCUAAAGCAUAGAAGGAAUGAAAGAGAUAAGGAUGCAGAGACAUUCCCUUUUUAUAUCUUAACAUAAUUGUCUCGGCACUGUUGACUUCUAUUGUAUGUGCUUUUUUCAAUUCUUACAAUGGGUUCCCGUUUCUGUAAUACGUGACAAACAUUCAUUGUAUGGGCAUUCAUACAUUCAUUGUCUACUUUCUAUUGUCAAACACGAUACUCAAUAAAGUAAAAAAGGAAUGAGAAAAAUUAACAAAAA